GUUUCCGGUUUCGGUCUCCAAGAAAAACAGUCACAUUUAUUUUUAACUUUUUUAAUUUACUAGUAAUCGAUGUCAAACAUUAAUUGUUAAGAUUUGUUAAGAGAAUGGCUAAUCCAGAGUAUGAUUUCCUGUUUAAGAUGGUACUUGUUGGAGACGAUGGCGUAGGAAAAUCAUGCUUAAUGAGUAGCUUUGCUGAGGGAAAACAAUACAUGCAUACUGCCAACUAUAUACCUACAAUUGGAGUAGAUUUUAAAAUACGCACCAUAAACGUAGAAGGAAGAGUUAUUAAGUUGCAGCUUUGGGACACUGCAGGUGCUGAAAGAUUUAGAAGUAUAACAACCAGUUAUUACAGAGGAGCUAACGGUGUGGCUAUAAUCUAUGACAUAACAAAUCAGAAAUCUUUUGAUAAUGUGCCAAAAUGGGUCAAAGAAGUUGAGAGCUAUGCUAAUCCAAAUAGCAAAACAAUACUGAUGGGAAACAAAGGAGAUUUGGAAAUGGAGAGAAUAGUAGAUUAUAGUACAGCAAAAAAAUUUGCAGAUUCUGUAGGUUUAUCAUUUGCUGAAACAAGUGCAAAGACAUCCAAAAAUGUAGAACUGGCGUUUUUGACUUUGGUAUCAGAUAUAAAAAAUAAAUCAGCAUUAGAUGGGGUCAGCGCCCCCUGCAAACUGAAUGCAUCAGACGUAGGAGAUUCAAAUAGCAGCGCAUCAGCUGGGCAAGAAGAUGAAGUCAGUACUGCAUGUGAUUAUGACACACUUGAAGAAGAAAUUUCUGCUGGAAGGAUAUUUCGUGGAAAGGAUAUGUACAAGAAACUUCUUGCUAUGAAGAAAUCAGAACUUUCAACAUACUUGGGCUCAAAGUCAAAAAUUGUUGGAAAUAUUUCAAAGUGUGGCAAUGUAUCUACACAGACAGAAAAUGACAUGCGUGUACUAGCAAUUAUGGUUCAUUCUGUUGAAUGCAGUGGCUUAUAAAUUUUGGUGUAUAAAUGCACUUUUAAAGAACUAUUUAUGGACUUAAUUUAUAUAUUUAGUUUUUAGAUAUGGUCGAAAGUAUCUGUUUUCACUUAAAAGGGUAGUGCAAUCACAUGCAAUACAUCUACAUUGCUUUAAUUAAAAAAAAAUAAAGAUAUGUGUAGAAAUGUUUAAAUCUACUCAUUAUAGAGAAAUUUAAUUCUAAUUUGGUUAAAUUAAAAAAAAUAUUGGGGUAUUUUCUUGCCUUUACUAAAGUUUAAUACCUAUGCAAUGUUAUUCUAAACUUUUUUUUAGUAUAUUAUUUUAAAGAUUGAAAUGCAAAAUCUAGUGUGAAUAAUAAGUUUCCUUUCCUAUUUUUUACAUUGAUGAUAUUCUCCCAGUAAUAUUUGAAUACACAGAUUAACAAAUUUCAGAGGAGUAUUAUAUAAAUACUGAGAGCAACAUUACUAUUGGAGAAGUAAUUUUUCAUAACAAUAUUUAUGAAAAGUCAUCAUGUCUGCAUGAAACUCAGGUUGACAUCUUAUUGAAAUGUAUGACACAUUUUAUUUUCUUAAACAAAUGUUUUAUAUAAAAAGAUGAUCUGUGAUUAUCAUAUUGAGUAUUUUUGAUAUUUUGAUAUUUUUAUGUAUGUUUUAUCUAAAGGCUGUGAUAUUUAUUGUUCUAUAGAUUUCAGUUUUUACAUAUUUUGUAUUUUUAUAAACAAAGUUUAUAUUUAAUUCAUUAUUAUUUGUAACCAUCAUGUGUUACAAAAA